AUAAUUGGUUUUUCUUUUAAUUUUUUUUUACAAUUAGACAAAUCUCCCUCUUUUUUCUUAUUAAAAAAUUUCCUCCAAUUAUAUCCCUUGAUUUGAAAUAGUACAACUACAUAACCUUCUAGUUUGUAUUUUCUUUAUGUGUCGGCUCUAUAAUUAAUGGCCAUUACUUGCUACCUAAACAUGGUGCCAAUUCCAAAUCCAAAAAAAUCUACUCUAUAAUAAUCUAAGUUGCUUAUACGUCGAAUACCACAUUGAUAAUUAUAGUUUUGAAUUGACUUCCACCAAACUACAUUUCUAUAAUCACUCUCUUUAUCUCACUGCACUAGUUCAUUCCAAUAAUAUGUAUUCAAUGUUGUCUCUCAUUAAUUAUUUUUUGAACCAUAAAAUGUAAACAUAAAUAUCAUAGAACAAAAUUACCUUGCUACAAUUUUGGUGAUCUCAAUCCAAAUCCACCUCAUAUUUUGAAUUUUCUGAAAAUACCCAUCAAAAGCUCAUUGUUCUAAGUUUGAAGAGUUCUUCGUGAAUCUUAACUUGGGCAACAUUUCCAAUAAUACUUCACCAAUUAUUUCAGAAUUCUGGCCAAUUAUAAGUAGAUGGUAGGGCAUUAAAAUGUCUGUUCAAGCUGAAAGAAUUUGUCCAUUAAGCAGUGACAUUUUUUAUGAUAUAUUAAGGCGCCUUGAUGGGGCAACUUUGGCCACUGCAGCAUGCACCUGUGCAUCAUUUUCCUCUAUCUCAAAAGAGGAGAGAAUAUGGGAAAAUGUUUGCAAUUCCCUGUGGCCUUCAAUUAAGCGGGAUGAUGUGAGAACCUUGAUUAGAUCUAUGGGUGGGUUUAGAAAGUUCUAUGCAGACUCUUACCCUCUCAUUGUUAAUAAAGACUUGGCUUUGCUUCCAUUAGAUUCCUUUCUGGAAUACCCUGAAGAAUGGCCAGAAGCAGACUUUUAUGAAGAUUUUGAAGAAUAUGAGAGCCUCACACCAUCUGAUUUUGUUUCACUUGUUGAUAUAAGAUACAAGGACAAGCCAAUUUUCUCAAAAGUCCUUUGGGGAAUUUCUGAAUCGGAUGCUCUUGGCCGUUGGUUCUAUAAUGCACCAUUCCACAUCGACCUUGGCAAUUCAGAUGUCAAUGACAACAUAGGGAAAGUUAUCAUUACAGGUGAAGAUGGUUUGCCCUUAAUUGAAUCUGUAGAUAAUGAAAGAAAAGAAGGAAAGCUCUGGAUGGAGCUCCAAGAUAGGUUAAGACUUAGUUGGAUCAUUGUAAAUACAAAGGUUAAGCAAGCAGCCAAUGUAUCGAGUUUUAUCCCCCUAGGAGUUCAGAGGCAUUGGCCUAGUGAUAAGGAUUUCCUAGUACGGUUUGGGUCUGUUCUCCCUGCUGAAGAUAUCCUCCCCUGUCAAGUUGUAGAAUGCAUCCUUCUAGUGAAAUUUAGAAUGGUUAAUGAUACUGCUAGUGGUUGUGUAAACCUUGAGCUGACCCAAGUAAGCAUGCAGUUGGAAGACAUGGAAGGUUUUCAUGUUAACGGAAGAAACAGUCUGAUGGUGCUGAAUAAGGCAUUGAGCUGCAGGAAGAGCAGGAACUAUAGUGAAGUCCUUGAGUCUUGUAAUUUGUAUUCCCGAGUUCGAAGUGAAAUAAAGGAGGAGAAGAUGCGAAAUGAAAGUCGAAUUGAUAAGAUGUGCAUCUUAAGUGGCGUUGUAGCAGUUGUUACGUUCUGGUUAUGCAUCCUGUGAAAUCGUCUGUAAAGUAGUUAGUUGGCUACCCCUUUGUGUAAGUACUGUUAUAUUAGGAAUGGUACUGAAUAUAUUUUAUAUAAUCCUUAACUAUUUCUGAAAAAUAAAUAAUUGAACCAAUCGUUUUAUUGUGCAA